AUGGCCUCUGCUUCUUCCUGGUGUGAGGUAAACUUUUCAUGUUCCAUCUGUCUGGAAGUGUUCAAAAGCCCAGUUUCUACACCAUGUGGACACAACUUCUGUAUAACCUGUAUUACAAAGUUCUGGGAUGACCAAGUCCAGUACAAAUGUCCAGUUUGUAACCAGAUUUUCCCCACAAGACCUGAUUUACAGGUUAAUACCUUCAUAUCAGAGAUGGUUAAUCAGUUCAGAACCUCCGUACCAGUCAAAGAGCUUCCUUGUGUUGAAACAGGAGAAGUUCCCUGUGACGUCUGUACUGGGACCCAGCUGAAGGCUGUGAAGUCCUGCCUUGUGUGUUUUAUCUCUUACUGUCAGACGCACCUGGAGCCUCAUCAGAGAGUCGCAGGCCUGAAGAAACAUCAGCUGGUCGAGCCUAUGGACCGUCUGGAAGACAGGAUGUGUAAUAAUCACUAUCAACUUCUGGAACUCUUCUGCCAGACUGAACAGGUGUGUGUGUGUCUGUUGUGCACAGAGAUGGACCACAAGUCCCAUCCUGUUGUACCUCUAAUGGAGGAAUAUGAAGUGAAAAUGGCCCAGCUGGGGAAAAUAGAGUAUGAGGUCCAGCAGAUGAUCCAGGAGAGAAAACAAAAAAUUCAGGAGAUCAGACACAGUAAAAUGCAGCAGAGCUGACGCAGACAGAGUCAUAGCCAAUGGUGUCCAGGUCCUCAAUGCUUUGACACGCUGCAUUGAAAAGUGCCGCGCUGAUCUCAACCAAACUGCUGAUAAACUGAAAUCCACAGAGAAACAAGCUGACGGCCUCAUCAAAGAGCUAGAGCAGGAAAUAGAAGUGCUGACCAAUAGAAGCUCAGAAGUGAAGCAAUUCUCACACAGUGAAGACCACCUCCACUUCCUCCAGACCUUCAUGUCCCUGAAGGAUCCUCCACUCACUAGGGACUGGACGACAGUGGAGGUCAGUCAUCCGUCCUACGUAGGGAUCUUGAGGAGAUCCCUGGAUCAGCUUGAGGAGACACUGAAAAUGGAGCUUUCUGUCUUGAAAUCAACAAAA